UCAUCCGUGGGGUCAACUCUGUCACCUGUGCAGACGGAAUUUGCUUCGCAGUCAGAUGUCUUCACCAGCUACACAGGCGGCAACUCCUGGUCGCGUGGUCCCAGCCCGCUGCGAAAUACGGUAAAGGCAUUAUCGUCCCCAUCUGAAGCAUCGACCUUGCAAGCCGCUGGGGAGGGUGAGUAUGUGUGUCUCGCUCCGGGAUGUGAGGCCAAGUUCCCUCGGGAGAAAGAUCUGGAUUAUCAUGUCAAGAUGUCGCACUUGCAUGUCUGUCUCUGGAGUGACAAUGGACCCUGCGAGAGCAGCGGUUUUGCCACCAGGGAAGAGCUCAACUGGCACGUCAAAAGCGAGCAUUUGCUUGUUUGCCCUGUUCUAGGAUGUGCAGAAAGCUUAUUCAGCAAUAAGGACCUCUUAGACUGCCACAUCAGGUGGGUGCAUAAGGAUGCUGGGUCCCAGAGAAAUAGUUGCGAGUCUAGCAACCUGCUUGGAACCACGACGAUGUCACGAUCGAACUCUUUGGAUAAGCCGGAAAAGGCGAAAAUAAAGGUCGCCAAGGGCCAGUUGGCUGAUGAUAAAGUGCUGAAAAUGGAGAUGUCUAUCGGUAUCUACAAGAAACGAUGCCGGGAGCAGCUUAAGAAUGUCGUCGAGAAGAGGCUGAGGCGGACUAACGGUAAGUCCCAACAAAUGCAGUCGAGAACCACGCCAAAAACUGGCGGAAGCCCAGGAGUAACCCCAAGGCUUCUCGAAUCUGCAAGCUUCCCAGUCAUAUGGGAGCACGUCGUUCUUCCAUUCUUAAUUGAGUUUAUCCCGAAAUGGUGUGGACCGGGUCACACGAUCAGCGUCCUGAGAGGAAAUAAACGUGACGCUAGGCGCGUUUGCUUCAUGACGAAGAAUUCGGUGUCAAGAGCGAGGAAAGUAUUGAUAGCAACCCAUGUGCAGGAUCUCCUUCCUGAAAACCACCGAAUUAACGUGACGUUCAUGUUUUCCGUUGGUGAAGUUGAUCGUCUUGUUUGGGCUCGAGGGUUGAGCAAGGCAAUGCCCGACGAGGUUUGCACGCCCAGAAACCCGUUCUGCUACAUUAGUCCUUGUAUGGGAGACAGCAUUGGUGCAGUCCUUCCAGAUGGUGAUGAUGUGUCGGCCACUCUCGGCCCGUGUUUGACAAUUGGGGGAGGGGAUUACUGGCUGGCCAGUUUCCACCCCUUCGUCGAGGCAAACCAAGCGGGAACAGUAAUGAUUCAACACCCCUCGCCGGAUGACCGUGACCGCUGUCUGAAGGAGAAGCACGAUGCAUUGGACAAUGUCGACUACAAAGUCGGUAGGCUCACUGCCACUUCCGGGUACGACUUAAAGACCACGAGAAUAUCUCACGAUCCUUAUUGGGAAGACUGCAACAAAGAGCCACCGUUUGUUGUAAUGGACUGGACGUUGAUUUCAGCUCUGUCUCAGACCAGCCAAGCAAACCUGGUUCGCAAGUUCCCCACGACGGCAACACCAAAGCAAGAGGUGCCCAUCACGAAAAUGAGCUGUGUUAUGCCUGGCAGCGAAGUGUGUUCCACGGGCAGAACGUCAGGACACCAACGAGGCCAAGUUUGUGAUAUCCCCGCUUACCUCUCCCCAUCCGCAAACGGUACUGGAAAAGGCACACGCGAGUGGUUCAUCGAGGAGCCAUACUCGUAUGACAAUGAAGACGAUUGGAUUCGCGGUGGCAUCGGCGUCCAAGGCGAUAGUGGCGCCGCCAUUGUGGAUUGCGACACCAAUGCACUCGUUGGCACUUUGUGGGGAAGAAAUAAGUACUUCGGUGCCGGACCUAGGCAAACGUUCUUCACUCCGAUUUUUGACAUAUUCGACGACAUCCAAGAGCGUUGCGGGGAGCAGACCAGGCCACAACUUCCGCAAUAUCUCAAUGAGGCAGAUCGCUGGCCCGUUUACCCUGUCUGUAAAACUUGCUUUGACCUACGCGAGUACUUGGACACUCGACGCAGUUCCAGGGAGUCCCUCAUGUCCAUGAUUGCCGGCGUUGGGCCUGGGCAAGAGAAUGACCACGAUCUGACCUCAGUAUCCGAAUUGGCAACCCCCAAAGCCAAUGGGGAUCAAGCAUAUUGGCGCUAUACGGGCAUGGAAGAGAUGGGGUCGUCGUUCAACAGUGUUGCAUCUCCA